AUGUCUAAUAAAUCGAUGAAAGCCGACUGCAUGCACAAAAAGGAUGACUCUUGCACCGUCACGCUCAUUGUCCCGAGUGAUUCAACACCAUUUAUACAAAAUGGUACAUCACCGACCAUUGUCAAAACAACUUCACCAGGUAAAACCUCGAAACCUGGGAAGGAGGGUAGAGGAAAGGCAUUUAGGCAGAUUAUUGCGUCAUUUGUCGCCAAUUUAGGCACCAUGAAUACAGGAAUGGCAUUUGGAUUUUCUGCAACGGCACUACCCCAAUUGAAGAGCGCUGCGUCUAGUGUUCAAAUUACGGAAAGUCAAGCCAGUUGGGUUGCCAGUUUAAGUUCAGUUGGAACGCCAGUUGGAUGCAUCGUCAGUGGCUACCUCAUGGACAACAUUGGUCGCAGACGAACCCUUAUCGUCACGGAAGUGCCGCUUAUUUUAGGCUGGAUCCUUGUAUCGGUUGCGCAAAAUGUUCCUAUGAUUUAUAUAGGCAGGUUAUUGAUAGGUUUUGGUUCUGGUAUGGUGGGGGCUCCAGCAAGAGUGUAUACUUGUGAAGUGUCACAACCACAUCUACGAGGAAUGCUUGGAGCAAUGGCCUCUGUUGGAGUUUCUACAGGAGUUUUGAUACAAUACGUGAUUGGCAGUGUAACAACAUGGAACGUGCUUGCGGGAGUGAGUGCCAUCAUUCCGAUAGUCUCUUUGAUAGGAAUGACGCUGUUACCAGAGACGCCGAACUAUCUAUUAACCCAGGACAAGACGGAGAAAGCGGAAACUUCUCUCGCCAAAUUGAGAGGCUCAACCUGCAACCUGCAGGAUGAAAUACAGAAGAUGAAAACGUUCAAAGAAAAGAAUUGUGUUGAACCAUUAAAAUCACCGAAGGAAAUAUUAAAAGCAUUGCUGUCUCCAUCUGCACUUAAGCCUUUUGGAAUCCUGGCACUCUAUUUUUUCAUUUACCAGUGGUGUGGAGUCAACACUAUUACGUUUUAUGCUGUUGAAGUUUUUGAGUCCUCUGGUGCAUCAUUAGACAAAUAUUGGUUGACGAUAUCUAUGGGAAUCCUCCGAGUAAUAUUUACGGUAGUAGGCUGUAUUUUGUGUAGGAGAUGUGGGAGACGACCGCUUACGUUUGUUUCUGCUCUCGGCUGCGGCAGUAUGAUGAUUACCCUCUCCGUAUAUCUUUACUUUGUCCAAUACUGGAAAGAAAACGCUAUCCCGCCGCAACACUCCUGGAUUCCAGUCGCUAGUAUCUACCUUUUCACAAUAUUCUGCACUUUGGGAUAUCUCAUCGUACCAUGGAUCAUGAUCGGCGAAGUCUAUCCUACUCAGGUUCGAGGUAUAAUAGGAGGAUUGACUACAUGUGCUGCUCACUUAUCGAUAUUCUCAGUAGUAAAGACGUUCCCGUAUCUGAAGCAUUCUCUUAACGACUACGGGGUAUUCGGAUUAUAUGGAGCUAUAUCAAUAGCUGGUAUGGUAUUUUUCUACAUAUUUUUACCUGAAACUAAAGGAAAAACACUACAAGAAAUCGAAGAUUACUUUUGCGGAAGGACGAAAAGUUUGAAAAAACCGAGUGUCACUGAAACAGCUUGAACAAUUACACAACAAUGCAAGGGUACUUUUAAUGAUAAUGUAUGUUGAAGUAUAUUACAUACAUCUAUAUUAGAGGUUAUUAAGAUGCUGAAACUACUAAAUAAGAUGUUUUUAUUAGAUUUUACUUUUGUAAAUAAAACUUUUAAAUAAUUC